AUGUCACAAACAUGUUCGAUCGAGAAAUGCAUGCGAACAUUACGCGGGUUCUGUGAUUGUUGUCAGCAAUAUCUUUGUUUACAACAUUUAAAUGAACAUAAUGCUUCACUAGUUUCUCAACUCAAUCCUUUAAAUGAUGAAAUCAAUGUACUUGGAGAUCGUCUUAAAACACUAAAUAUUCACAAAGCCGUUGCGGAUAGUCGUCAAAAACUUGAUGAAUGGCGUCAAGAUUGUUAUAAGAAGAUUGAUUGUUUAUUUGAACAAAAAUGUCAAGAACUUGAUCAGCUUGUUGAAGAAAAAAUUCGACAACAACGUGAAGAACUCAAUCGAAUAUAUUCGAAAAUAACUGAACUUGUCAAUGCACAAGAAACAACUCGUCAAGAUAUUGAUUUAUUGACAUUAAAUAUUCGUCAGCUUGAAACAAAUAUGAACAACAUUGAACAAACAUGUUUUACGAUUAAUACGCGUCCAUUACUAUUAGAUGAUACGUUCAUUUCUAUUACGAAAACGAUUGAAAAAGAGCUUGAUCUAUCAACUCUUUCGCCUCCAUGCACCACGAUUCAUCGUAUUCUGGGAAGUUUUCGAUCAUUAACUGGUAAUGAUCGACAUUUUUUGACGCAUCAAGAACCUAAUUUAUGUUUAUUUGAUCAAAAACUGAACAUAGCCAAAGAAACUUUAUGGUCUUAUGGUGCAAUUUGGGACAUGUGUUGGUCAUCAACAUUAGAUCGAUUCAUUGUACUUGGAAAAAAGAGCAUCUUUCUCAUUAAUGAAAAUACCAUGUCAAUUGAUAAUGUGCACACAGUUUCAAAACGAGACUUGCUGUCGUGUACAUGUUCUGAUAUAGUUCUUUUUGUAUGCACAAAUGAAGAUGCUUCAUCUAUUAUGGAAUUCAUAUUAUUUCCAUCAAUUGAAUUGAUUAGAGAAUGGAAAUAUCUUACAUGUAGCAAUGAUGAGAUUAUCAAUGAUAUUGUUUACAAUAAUGAAAAUCUUGCUUUGAUGGUGGAAAAUCAGUCGGAGAAAUCACUUCGCAUUGAAUUGAGAUAUGCAGAGACACUUGAUCGUAUAUGGUCACUUCAACUGGAUAUUAGAUGUGCUCAGAAGAUACCAUUUCGUUGUUGUGCACUCACUGGUAAUGAAUGGCUCAUUGUCGACUAUGAGACUGAUCGUCUGUUACAGAUUACAAAAGAUGGGAAAAUGAAAACAGAAAUAAAAUAUAGUCCAACUCCCUGUCGUGCUCUUAUGUUCGAUACAAAUAAGCUAGCUAUAUCAACUGUGAAUAGCGUAAAUCUGCAUACAAUUCAAUCAAAUCAAUGA